UUGGGGCUCCCAUAGGCAAAAGACUGUGGGGAGGAGGGAAGACGAGGCUCCUUGCCUCCUCCUCCUCCUCCCCGGCCGCCAUGCUGCCUCCGCCGCGCACUCCCACCACCUGCCACAAGCCACCAUGUUGGGCUCUUCUUCGGCUUCUCUCCGAGUGUUUCUGAGGAGAGCGGGAGCUGCGUCCAUCAUCCGCGCCCCGCCAAGCCUGCAUCAGGUUUCUUCAUCCUUUGCUACAGGCCCGAGGCAAGAUGUUGGAACAGUCUAUGAACUUCGUACUUAUGAUAUCAUACCAUCCAAACCAAAUGAGUUUCUUGAAGUGGUCAGUAAAAGUAUUAACGUUCGACUGGCUCACUCUGAGAUGAUUGGAUUCUGGACAGUAGAGCUUGGGGCAAUGAAUAAGGCCUUUCAUAUUUGGAAAUAUGAUAAUUUUGCUCACAGAGCAGCCGUGAGAGAAGCUAUAAGCAAUGAUAAAGAAUGGCAAGAAAAAUUGUCUGCAAUUCGUCUACUUUUACAUAAACAGGAUAUGGAAAUUGCUUACUUGGUUCCAUGGUGUAAACUUGAGACUCCACCAAAACCAGGAGUUUAUGAGUUGGUGACUUAUCAGCUGAAACCAGGUGGGCCAGCAUUGUGGGGCAGAUCAUUCAAAGCGGCGAUUGAUGCACAUGUCAGCAAAGGUUAUAGUAAACUGAUUGGUGUUUUCCACACGGAAUAUGGAUUACUUAAUACAGUUAAUGUGCUUUGGUGGUAUGAGAAUGCAGAUAGCCGUGCAACUGGGAGACACCUUGCCCAUGAAGAUGCCAGGGUAGUAGCUGCUGUACGGGAGAGUGUUCAGUUUUUGGAAUCCCAACGAAACAUGCUCCUGAUUCCUGCACCAUUUUCACCCUUGAAGUAACUCUUUACACACUAAAGGGCAGCAUAUGGAGACAUCCUUACUUUAUGCAUAUGUUAUUGCAAUAUCUGAUGAUCAGGAUGGUUAAUGGGAAAUAAAACAUGAAUGAAGUA